GCCCUUUUUCAGUAAGAUGCAAAUCUCACUACUUUCGUGGUUUCUGAUGCCUUUCUCUUGGGCCAUGUCUCCAUGAAGUGCUUUCAUUCCCACGGCGACGAAGGGGCCGGCGGCGUGUUCGACGAUGGAGGAUCCAGGGCCUCUCGCUUUUCUUGGAUCCGGUCCUUCAGCACUGCCUCUGCAUCCUCCUUACUGGGCUUUGAGCCGCGGCCGACAGGGUCCGAGCACGAUCCCGCUUGGGAGCUGCCCCGACUAGCCGUCUGGCCUCCCGAGGGCCUUCGAUCCUUCUCGUUCUCAGAGCUCAAGGCCGCUACGAGGGGAUUCAACCGAUCUCUAUUGCUCGGGGAAGGUGGAUUCGGGAGCGUGUACAAAGGCGACCUUACAAUCACCGGCGACCACGGCGUCGCCGAGACAAUGGAGGUCGCCGUGAAACAGCUGAAUCGUCACGGGUUGCAGGGACACAAUGAAUGGGUGACAGAAGUUAAGUUUCUUGGUGUAGUGAAGCAUCCAAAUCUUGUCAAGUUGGUAGGUUAUUGUGCUGAAGAUGAUGAGAGAGGAAUUCAACGGCUCCUAGUUUAUGAACUAAUGCACAAUAAAAGCUUGGAGUUUCACUUACUAUCUCGAGUUUCUACAGCUCUCUCAUGGGUUUUAAGGUUAAAGAUUGCCCAAGAUGCUGCAAGAGGUUUAGCAUUUCUCCAUGAAGAAAUGGAUUUUCAGUUAAUAUUCCGAGAUUUUAAAACAUCAAACAUUCUGCUAGAUGAUGAUUUUAAUGCCAAACUCUCAGACUUUGGUUUUGCUAGACAUGGUCCAGCAGAAGGGGUUGGCCAUGUUUUGACUUCAGUUGUGGGUACUGUUGGUUAUGCAGCUCCAGAGUAUGUCCAGACCGGAAAAUUAACUACUAAAAGCGAUGUAUGGAGCUAUGGAGUUUUUCUAUAUGAACUUUUAACAGGAAGAAAGUCGGUGGAUUGGAACCUACCUAAAAGUGAGCAACGGCUUCUGGAGUGGGUAAAACCUUUUGCAACAAACCCCAGAAAGCUCCAGGCCAUUAUCGAUCCACGACUCGAUGGGAACUAUUGCUCCAAGUCUGUCCUGAUGGUAGUAGCAUUAGCUAAUAGAUGCCUGAAGAAGCAACCCAAGUCCAGGCCUAGAAUGAGUGAGGUGGUCGAGAGACUUGAUCAAAUCAUCAAGAUGUGUACUAGCCAGACUACAAAUGCCAUCCUAUCUCCAUCUCUGUCUCCGUCUCCCUCGCCCUCUCCCUCUCCCUCUUCUGGGGAUGCUAUUUCCGAUAGGACAAAAUGGCCAGAAGACAAGGGUUCCAGGACCCGGCCGAUUGAAUUUAAGCAUAUUACGAGGCCCCUUGCAAAGAUGACAAAGGCUUGGGGUUAAUCUUGUUUGUUUCACUUGCUUGGCGAACAAACUGAGUUAAAGAGGAGGUAGGCACAAGACAUAGUCUGUUUGUUAUUGUCUGCCUCCUUAAACUCAUUUGCAAGUGAAUGACUUCUUUGUUUUUGCCUCCUGUAUAUAGAUUUCAAUGCGAGAGGCCAUGAUUGUUUGUAUUGUUUA